AUGGAAAGCAAAGAUAAUUCUAAACCAGCUGAAGAGCAACCUAUUAAUAUUUCACAAAGGCAUGAAUUGGAUCUCUUUAUUUCUCUUUAUGCAAAAACUCAAAACUUUGUUAGUGUUAUACGUGGAUCCGAAUAUGAUAAGGGAGUUUGUCGAAUUCGUCGAUAUGCUUGUAAACAUCAAGGUCAUAACAGUGCAAAGAACAAGACUAAUAUUGCUGAGAACCAAUGA